CAGCAACGCUCAAGAUGGCACCUUGACAAAGCCGCCCCUCAACCGCCACGCUUAAGAUGGUGACGUUUCCUCUGAGAUUCCCGAGCCGCGCCUCUCAAUUGACGCGAGAGCUGCCGGCCCGUCGUGAUGGAGCCGGGCGGCGGCGGCGGCGGCGGUGGUCCGGGCUUGCUGAUUGUCAAUAACAAACAACGGAGCGGAGGACUUGGACUGACCACGACGACGCCCCCGCCACUGGCGGGAGGGAAGGGCCGGGAGCCUAAUCGUAACCAACGUAAAGACUCGGAGGGCUAUUCAGAAUCACCAGAUUUUGAGUUUGAAUAUGCAGAUGCUGACAAGUGGACCGCUGAGCUCUCAGAACUGUACAGUUAUACUGAAGGUCCUGAAUUCCAACUCAAUAGAAAAUGCUUUGAGGAAGAUUUUAGGCUGCAUGUGUUGGAUAAAAAGUGGACAGAACUGGACACUAAGCAACAUCGUACUCAUGCUAUGAGACUUCUUGAUGGCCUUGAGGUCACAGCUCGGGAGAAAAGGCUCAGGGUGGCUCGAGCCAUCCUCUAUGUUGCACAAGGCACAUUUGAUGAGUGUAGUUCAGAAGCUGAGGUUCAGUUUUGGAUGCGAUACAACAUUUUUCUUCUGCUUGAAGUUGGGACAUUUAACGCUUUGGUGGAGCUUUUGAACAUGGAAAUUGACAACAGUGCUGCCUGUAGCAGUGCAGUGAGGAAGCCUGCUAUCUCCCUGGCUGACAGCACAGAUUUGAGGGUGCUUCUGAACAUUAUGUACCUUAUUCUGGAGACUGUCCGUCAGGACUGUGAAGGAGAUAAGCCUGAAUGGAAGACAAUGAGACAGACCUUCAGAGCUGAGCUAGGGGCCCCUCUAUAUAACAACGAGCCAUUUUCUGUGAUGCUUUUUGGCAUGGUGACCAAAUUCUGCAGUGGCCAUGCUCCACACUUUCCUAUGAAGAAAGUUUUGCUGCUGCUCUGGAAGACUGUCCUGUGUACCCUUGGAGGGUUUGAGGAGCUUCAGGAUAUGAAAACAGAGAAACGAGAGAUGCUGGGUCUUCCCCCACUUCCUGAGGAUAGCAUAAAAGUGAUCCGCAACAUGAGAGCUGCAUCACCUCCAGCAUCGGCUUCAGAUUUGAUUGAGCAGCAGCAGAAACGGGGUCGACGGGAACACAAGGCUCUUAUUAAACAGGAUAAUCUAGAUGCGUUCAAUGAACGGGAUCCUUACAAAGCUGAUGAUUCCCGAGAAGAUGAAGAGGAGAACGAUGAGGACAAUAGUCUCGAGGGGGAGACGUUUCCUCUUGAAAGAGACGAAGUGAUGCCUCCUCCUGUGCAGCACCCUCCAACUGACCGACUAACAUGUCCAAAAGGUUUGCCUUGGGCACCCAAAGUCAGGGAAAAAGAUAUUGAGAUGUUUCUGGAAUCUAGUCGAAGCAAAUUUAUUGGCUAUACCUUGGGGAGCGAUACCAAUACCAUAGUGGGAUUGCCAAGACCAAUUCAUGAGAGCAUCAAAACUUUAAAAUUGCACAAGUAUACAUCUAUUGCAGAAAUUCAAGUUCAGAUGGAAGAGGAAUAUCUGCGUUCUCCCUUGUCAGGGGGAGAAGAGGAGGUUGAGCAAGUUCCAGCUGAAAUCUUAUACCAGGGUCUUCUUCCUAGCCUGCCUCAGUACAUGAUUGCCUUGCUGAAGAUUCUGCUUGCUGCAGCACCCACCUCCAAAGCCAAGACUGAUUCCAUCAACAUCCUUGCCGAUGUUUUGCCAGAGGAGAUGCCAACAACUGUGUUACAGAGUAUGAAGCUGGGCGUUGAUGUGAAUAGGCAUAAAGAGAUAAUUGUUAAAGCUAUUUCUGCUGUUCUGCUGCUGCUGCUCAAGCAUUUUAAACUGAAUCAUGUAUAUCAAUUUGAAUACAUGGCUCAACAUCUAGUGUUUGCCAACUGCAUUCCACUUAUAUUGAAAUUCUUCAAUCAGAACAUUAUGUCAUACAUCACAGCAAAGAAUAGCAUUUCUGUUUUGGAUUAUCCAUAUUGUGUGGUACAUGAACUACCAGAGUUGACUGCAGAAAGUUUGGAAGCUGGAGACAAUAAUCAGUUUUGCUGGCGGAACCUGUUUUCUUGCAUUAAUCUUCUUAGGAUACUAAAUAAGUUAACAAAGUGGAAACACUCUAGAACCAUGAUGCUAGUAGUUUUCAAGUCUGCUCCCAUUCUAAAGAGAGCCCUGAAAGUGAAGCAAGCCAUGAUGCAACUGUAUGUACUGAAACUUCUCAAAGUGCAGACAAAGUACCUGGGACGUCAGUGGAGGAAAAGCAACAUGAAAACUAUGUCCGCAAUCUACCAAAAAGUGCGACAUCGGCUCAAUGAUGACUGGGCUUAUGGCAAUGAUCUGGAUGCACGUCCAUGGGACUUCCAAGCUGAAGAGUGUGCUCUGCGGGCCAGUAUAGAACGCUUCAACUCUCGACGCUAUGACCGGGCACAUAGCAACCCUGAUUUUCUACCUGUUGACAACUGUUUGCAAAGUGUGUUGGGCCAGCGGGUAGAACUGCCUGAAGAUUUCCAAAUGAAUUAUGACUUGUGGCUAGAAAGGGAAGUUUUUUCUAGACCGAUCUGCUGGGAGGAGUUGUUGCAAUGAUGAUUUAUAAAAGGAAAACCUUUCAAGACACAGAGCUAAUACAUGUGCCCAAAGAUAAUGUUCCUGAUCUUCAGUCAACCAGGCAUAGAGAUAAAAUUGUUUUGUAACUUAUAACCAGCAGUUUUUCCUUUUUCCUCCAGGUGGCAGCAUGUAACUGACAAUGGCUUUCCUACAUCUUUGGGGCUGCUUUGGUUAUUGAUUGCUAAAUAGAGUGGCAGCACAGCUUGAUCUGGGCCUCUUGUGGCAAAAUAUCACUAUCAGUGCCAAUACUGCUGUUCAUUAGUCAUGGCCAACUACUCUGUUCCAAAAUUAAAAUGGCAGCUUUUUAAGCUAUGUCCGCUAUCCUUGUCCCAGAAUGGCAAAGUAACAUCAUUUUCUUACUAGCUUCUAAGAGGAAAAAGUGAGUUCCUAGUUGUGUAGAUGGGAAGAGAAAAGGACAGAAAGCUAUCUACUGCAUAAGGAUACAGUUUGAUUAACAGGAAUAGAAACUGGAAAUAAGGUGUGUAUAUAGUAGUGCCACAAAAUUCUCAGCUUCUGGGACAAAGCUGGGUGUGAAAGUCUAUAGUGUGUAAGCACUAUUCCAGGUUUAUCUCAGUUUUGAAAGAAGAGAAAAAGCAGGAAAAGAGAAAAACUAUUUUGAACAUGGAUGUUUUCCCAACUUGUGCCUCAGAUUGAAUCAAACUUUAGAUGAGUCACACUCGGCAUUAUUGAGAUUGAUAAAUAUUAUUGAAUAGUAAUAUCUAUUUUGUUCCAUUUUGAGAGAGAAAAAAAAUACUGCUUUUAUGUUUCCUAAACAUCUUUUUUCCUGUUGUAAUUGUCUGAAAUCUGAAAGAUUUUCAAAUGAGUUUUCAGCACAGGUGCAGAUGCCUAUGCAGCUUCCUCAAUUUGGCUAUGCAUGAUAUAUUCAUUCUCAGUUUACUCAAUCUAAUCUUGCAGAGCCAGACAGCUCUAUCCUCUGUGGAUGCUCUACUUCAAUCUAAUUCUAGCAAAGAGAAGUAGAUGUGUUAUUUCCAUUACUGUAUUAUAUGGUGCAGGUUCUGAGUCCCUGCUAGCUAUGGAAGAAAAGGCAUCUACUCAAAGAAGGUGUUAAUUGGGUGGGUGACACCUGUUUCCUAGGAAAUAAUAUUUCCCGUGCUAAUAGACUAAACAGCUAUAGCUUCAGUUGGAUUUAGUUAUAUUUGUGAGUGUGUGGUUAUAUUUAUGAACAGGAACAAGCAAAAUACUGCUCUCUGUAUGGCAUGUUGGUUUUCUAGAUCGUUUUAUAACCUGGUAAUAAGCUUGGAUUGCAAUCCUAAAAUGAUUUACUUGGAAAUAAGGCCCAACAAAAUUAAUAUGACUUCCAAAUAAAUAUGUUUAGGACUGGAGUUGCAUUAAAAGUCUACUACAAAACCAGAAGUGCUUUCCAGUUAUCCUGGUUUACAUAUAUCCAGACUUUCCUGUAUGGUUAACUGAGGUGUGAUUGAAAUUGUAGGAUGUCGUAGAAAGAAUAAUAGGAACCAGGUGAUAUUUUAUCUAUUUAAGAGUAAGAAUUAAGUUUAGCAAAUCUUUAGGGAACUUCAAACAAAAUCAUGCAGGAAGCUAAUGUCAGGGUUGUGUUAUAACAGUAGCUGGAGAUUUCUAACUUUUUUUCAAUUAAAAUAUCCUUUUGCUUACCUCAACAUUGUGAAUAGUAUAACGGUGAUAUACAGUUACAUGAAAAAGCAACAAACAUUAAAACAGCAAAAUACCUCUUAUUUUAUGAUCAAUGCUUGCUUAUAUUAGAGGCUUAUUAAUAUUUCCUGAAUUUUUCUACAGAAUGAAAACUGGGCUGGAGAAAGUGGAUAAUAACCCUCUAAUAGAGGAACAAAUUAAUAUAGGAAUUGUUAUUUCAAAUGUCAUCUCUUUUUGCUGCUGCACUGAAAUCUUUAGAACAUCAAUAGGCAAUCCUUCCAUAGCCAUCUGAUGAAAAAUAUAAAUGUGAUGAUAACCAUUUUCUUGUAUCUGCAUUUGCAAAGAUCUGCUACUCAUAAAGGUCAUGCUUGUCACUGGCAGUUCUUCAGCUGAGAUGGCAAAUAAAUGUGUUUGGUAGAACCAGAGCUCUAUCUCUUUCCUAAGUCAUCGUAAGAAGGAUGGACCUACCAUGUAGUCCAGUGUUUCCCAAACUUGACAAUUUUAAGGCAUGAGGACUUCAACUCCUAGAAUUCCACAGCCAGCGUUGCUGGCUGUGGAAUUCUGGGAGUUGAAGUCCACAUGCCUUAAAAUUGUCAAGUUUGGGAAACACUGAUGUAGUCUGUUAGCAUAAAAUAGGAUAUUUUUCCCUGCUUAGUUGUAGAUAGCACUAGUUUGCUACCCAUCUGAGGUGGGCUAAAAUUGAUUGCCCUAUGUUUCUUGCCGGUUAGUAAUCCAGCUUCUACAUAUUCUUGUUUCUCUGCCUCUGGGAUAAUAUUCCCCUGUGGUGUCUUCGUGUAUGCCUAAAAUCCUACAGGUUUUGCCAGAAAGAGAUAUGUGUCAUUUCUUGCUUUGCCUUGAUGGCCAUUGGUUUCAUGAAGUUAGGAAGUGAGAUGAACAGCUGGGAGGCUGUUGCAUCUUGACAGUUCAUGCUGUUGACUUCGCUUGCUUUCCACCUAAUUACAUUUUUUUACAGGUAGGUAGAGUUAGGGUGAGGGAUUGUUUAUUUUUCCAGUGUAUAAUGUAAAUAGAUGGAAGUUAAAUGCAUAUUUUAAUACGGUUUCAAUUGUGCUUGAUUCAAACAUUUUGCUACAGAAAGUUUGGGAAACGAACAGUUCUUUGACAUUCUAAUGUAUUUGGUUUAACUGUAAAAAAUAGUUUUGUCUCAUUUCUGAUGAUGAUACUUUAAAUUCUUGAUGAUACUCAAGCAGAUAAUACUUUAAAUUCUUUCAGUCCUGAUCUUAGGGGUUGUUUUUGUCUGUUUCUUUUGUCAGUACUUAUUUAUUGUUGACUAGUCCUCGUAGUUAAUGGGGCCAAUUGGAAAAUAAGCAAGUUACAGCCAGGAUAACUAAUAGAGUGGGGUGAAGUGGGAGAUAACCUGUCUUUCUCAAAACACAUUUUGAGAAAUCUGAUUGAUGUGGUACCAAACCAGAAGUGGUUGAGGGAUCUCUGCAUUAUCCUCAGUAGAUCAUAACUACUGAUGAUUUUGAAAGAGGUUUUUCAUCCAAGUAUAGAAGGAAUUGUGCAUUUCAGUUUAUUUAUUCUUUUCCAUCUUUCUGUUAAAAGCUGAACAUGCUUAAUAAAUCAUAAUACAUUUUGAGGGAAUCUCUUACCUGAAAUGGUGGAUUAGCACUCCCCAGGAUAGUUGUUCUAAUAGUACAGAAGUCUCUCUGGAUGACUUACAUUGUUUAGAAAAUGUGUUUUAACAACCUGUAUUACAUUUGCACACAAAGUUUUGUUUUUACUUGAAACAAGGGUUAUCUUCAUAACUAUAAGGACAAACACUUCAUGUUGGAAGUGAGUCAGUUUUACUGAGCAAGAUGUAUUGGUAGCUUUCUAUAAAAAGCCAAAUGUGAUAAUCUGGAUAAAAUUCAGGAAAGGCCACUUCAAAUGGUUCACACUUCCUACAUGUUCUUUUUUUCUUCAGAUUCUUGGUAGUGAUGACUUUUUGACACACAAAUAAGUUUAUCUUAUUAUAAUUGGAAUUCAGGAUGUAAUUUUGGCCUGAGAAUGCUGGUCUGUCAGACAAAAGAAAAACUCUUACGAUAAAAAUUUAUCUAGUCCCACUAAGUGCAGUCUUUCCUUAACUUAGCCAGAGAUUCACAAUCUGAAGUUCUGGCUUUGCAAGUAGCUUAAGAGCUAAUUAAAAAUUAUUACCAAAUUGUAAUGUCCAUUUGGGGCAGGGGUAGGCAGGCUGGCUCAGGAAUUCUGGGAGUUGAAGUCCAUGAGUCAUAAAAGAACCGAGGGUGCCUACCCCUGAUUUGGGGGAAUAGGCAGAACUAAAAUUAUCAGUUUUUUUUCUUGGCCCGUAGAGCAGUUCUCUGGCAGGCCAGUUUGUGCAGUCCUAACUUAAAGCAACUUAUCUCUACAAGUCAAGCAAGACUUAAUUGUCCCACACAAGAACACAGUAUGCCAGUAAAUGCAGGAAUGAUUACUGGGUAAAGGGAAUGAGUUGACUUCAAAGCUAGAAUUUACAAUAUCUAUAUUAUAUAUGUUACCAUUCUUUUUCACCCACUCAAGUUUGGGGACAUUCUUUCAUAACUCUUUGUCAUUCAUUAAUCAUGCAGAUAUGUGGAAUUGGGCCUUUCUUCUAUGUGAAGAUGAGAUCUAUAUCCAGUGAACUAGAGUGGAACUUGUAAGCGUUUUAGUGGGGUGGAAUUGGUUAGAGUGAGAAUUAUCUGAGCUGUUCUUUCUGCAUGUUGUUAUUGUGUGUAGUGUAAAUAUCAAUCAUGAGAAGGCCUGCAGAAUCAUUGUUCUUAAGGCUAGAAUUUUGAAGGAGUUCCUGUGGAAGAGACAGAUUCCACAGACUGUUCAAUGUACAUUUUGGUACAAGAGCGAAAGACAAUGUCCAGUCUUCUAAAUCUGGACGGGGAAGGAACUGGGGGAGGGAACUGGUUCGUGCUUCUUCAGGGUAAAACAGUAGAUUUAUGCUAGUGUGGGAGAGCUGUUUGGAGAAUCCUUUGUCCCUUUCUUCAGAGAAUCCAUUUAAAUAGAUUAAAUUAACAAAGGUGUCAGUUCAUGGAGAAUGGCCAGAUAGCUCUACCCUUAUCUCUUGAGAUGAGGGAAUACUGCAUAAAAGGUGAUACAUUUUGUAAGGUAAGACUUGAGCAGUGUGUGAAAAGACAUUUUCUUUCAUUGUGUUUAAGCCUACCAGCAUUUUGGAUGCGGCUACUUAAAAUCUCCAAAUAUUUUCUUUAAUUCUUUUGCUCUUUUAUUUUUCAUAUAUAUAGUUAUAGUAAAUUAUGUAUGGGUUUAAUAUAUUUUGGAAAUCCCUUAUUUUCCCAUGUCUUCCUUCCUUGAAAACUUAACUUUAGCCAAGGCAUAAUUUGUCAUUUUUUUACAUUUAAAGAGUGUAUGGAAUGGGUAUGCCAUUUUGCCUGAGAAAAAGCCUCUCUUUCUGCUGCCUUAUUUUCUUAUCUUAUUUUCUCCUUUUCCUCCUCUUCCUCAGCCACAGGCUCAGGUUUCAAGAGACACUUCACUAGGCAAUUUGGCUUCCUAAUUAUAGCAAUCAUGGUGCCACUUCUGCUUUGAUUCUGUAAUUACACUCUCGCUUAUUUUCAAUCCAAUUGAGAGAAACAAUUGAGUAGUAAAUUUCUAGGAAUUUACGCCACCAAUUACCAUUGGCCAAACUUAAAAAAGAUAACCCUAAACAGGAUUUCUUUUAUAACUGGUGUUGAGAAAUAAAAUGAAAAAAAAAAUCAGCAUUGUGUUCACUUGGGUUAAGUAUUGCAAUUUACAUCUGCAUUAUCCCUGAACAUCCCUGAAUUACACAGUUUACAAGGGUAUGAAAAGAAUGUAGCAAUAUCAGGCUCUUUGGGGGGGGGGUUGUGUACAGUUUCCCUGUUUUAUUCACAAUAUUUUAUGGAUGGUACAAAUAACUUUUUCUUCUGUUGGUAAUUCAUAUUUUUCUGUGGGCUUCCCUCCCAUCUUUUUCUCUACUGAAUACAUUCUAUUAAGAACUGGCCAGACUAGAAAUGAUGAGAAUGCGAAUUCUAUUCCUUUAUGCAUGAAAUUGACUGGGUGACUUUCGGACCAUUAUGUACACAGUUUUAUGUUCUAAAAAAAAUCAAUAAAUACAAAUCAAACAAGAAGAAACAA